AUGGAUGCUAUUCUGAUAGCUGGCCGUGACGUAGCGCAUCAUGAUGCUGUCUUACGACAAGUCCUUGAUCGUGCUCAGAGCUACAACUUGAAGUUAAACUUCGACAAGGUGAAAAUCAGGAAAGAAGAAGUGCCAUAUGUGGGGCAUCUCAUAUCAGCACAUGGGCUCAAACCGGAUCCCACGAAAGUCGAAGCGAUGAAAAACAUGCCAGCACCCGAGAAAAAAGAUGAUGUCCGCCGUUUUCUGGGAUCAGUUCAAUACCUGGCCAAGUUCUUGCCAGACUUGGCUGAGGUAGAAGAGCCACUACGGCACCUAACGUUAACAAAGAAAGAUACAGUCUUCCACUGGGACAAACCACAGGAAAACGCUUUUCAACGCAUCAAAGAUCUAUGCUGCACAGCACCUAUACUGGCCUACUAUGAUGUCAAGAAGGAUGUCAAGAUACAGUGUGACGCUAGCAAGAAUGCAGUCGGCGCUGUCCUUCUACAAGAAGGCAAACCCAUAGCGUAUACAUCCCAAAAGCUUCGUACAUCCGAGCUAAACUGGUCACCUAUUGAGAAAGAAUUGUUGGUGAUUGUGUUCAGCACAGAAAAAUUCAGAGAAUACAUCCUAGGAAAGGAAACUGUAGUACAGACUGAUCACAAGCCAUUAGACAAUUUUUCGCAAACCUUUGCUGUCAGCAGACCAUGAUGUUGAAAGUGAAAGUGAAAGGAUAUGACUUGAAAGUUGAAUAUCUUCCUGGCAAGAAGCAAGUCAUCGCAGAUACGCUCAGCAGGGCCAGUCUUGAUGCUAUGCCACCCGAAAGAAAGGAGUUUCAAGUCAACAUGCUUGAGAGAAUAUCUGUCACGCAAGACAAAUACCAGGAACUGCUACAAAGAACUGCGAAUUGAGCUACACGAUUUGUAUGCUGUCAUCCAGGUAGGCCCACUACAAUUAAAGCAGCAAGUGCCUCACAGCGUCAAACCAUUCUGGGACAAUCAAGAUGAAUUAGCAAUAUUGGAUGGCGUAAUUUACCGAGGAAUGAGAAUCGUAGUACCAUCAUCAAUGCAACGGGAAAUGAUAGAGCUGGUGCACAAGACUCACCAAGGAAUUGUGAAAUCCAAGCAGAGAGCACGAGAAGCGCUGUAUUGGCCGGGCAUGAGUUCUCAAGUCGAAGCGAAAGUGAAGGACUGCAGUAUUUGUCAUGGCUAUGCAGCAGCGCAACAGAAAGAACCGAUGAUGCCGAGCAAGACUCCAGACUAUCCAUGGGCCGAAGCAGCAUCUGACAUAUUUACGUUCAAGAGCAAAAACUAUGAAGUCACAGAACUAAACGACCUCUCAGCUUUUAGUACCAUCGAAGCCCUAAAAGGACAUUUUGAGAGACAUGGUAUUCCAGAAAUAUUCCAGAAAGGCUGACGACAGGGCCAGUAUACAAGCGUAGAGUUUAAGAAUUUCGCAAAAGCCUACAACUUCCAACACGUGUUGAUAAGUCCAAAAUAUCCUAAAGCAAACGGAGAAGCAGAGGCGGCGGUAAAAUUCGUUAAAUCAUUGUGGAGAAAGAACAAUGACAAGCACAAAGCCCUGUUGGUAUAUCGAGCAACACCACUAGUAGGCAUUGAUCUGUCACCAUCACAGCUAUGUGUGGGGAGAAGACUGAGAACCAACCUUCCGAUAUCACGCAGUUUGUUAGAGCCCGAAGCAUAUAACACAAAUGAUAUCAAGAGACGAAUGCGCCAUGUAAAGGAAAAGCAAACCUACUACCAUAACCGCCAUGGGACAAAAGAACUAUCCCCACUGAAACCUGGUGAACACGUAAGAAUCCGUCCAGAACCAGGGUCGAAGCUAUGGAGACAAGCAACUGUGGUCGACCAUCAUUCAUCACCUCGGUCGUAUAUUGUAGAUACAGGACAACAAAAGCUUAGGCGCAACCGAGUAGCCUUAAAAUUAGACCCAGGAAGAUCAACAGUGGAAGUAACAGAGAAUGAUUACGUUACCAACGACGAUAUGAGCCACCACGAAACCCUUGAUAACCCAAACCCGGCAAGCGUACCACCAGCUCAUCACCCAUCAGUAGAAACAGCAACGUCCACGGUGAAAGACAAGGAAACGCCUGUCCAGAGAUCAGG